AUGCUUGUUCUGAUGAAAAAUUACAUCCCGUCAUCUGGAGUUGUUGAUGUAGAGACAAAAAUUGUUAGAUUUAAUGGAUUAGAAGAAACACAGACCGUCCAGUUUGAUGACAAGGGUAAUAAUCUUUAUAUUGACCCUGAAUGUAUCUCAGAAAACAGAAACGGGGAUAUUAUUGUUUUUGACCUGAUUCAUGAUAUCCUUCUUGGGCCAUCAUCACGUCUAGUUGUGACAGAUCAAAAUGGAUGUCAUCGCUUUACUUACUAUGGAUCAGAAAAUGACCCCCGACUGAAACUAGAAGCAACUGAUAUUUGUACAGAUCCACUGUCAAACAUCCUCAUAGCUAACCAAAGCUUAAGCACAGUGCAUAUGAUUGACAAGGAUGGCACAUUUCUUCGCUUGCUAUUGACAACAGAACACG